CCGCGGCUGGAAGAUGGCGGGGAACGACUGCAGCGCGCUGCUGGAUGAAGAGCUCUCGUCCUUCUUCCUCAACUAUCUCUCUGACACGCAGGGUGGGGAAUCCGGGGAGGAACAGCUGUGCGCUGACCUGCCGGAGCUCGACCUCUCCCAGCUGGACACCAGUGACUUUGACUCAGCCGCUUGCUUUGGGGAGCUGCAGUGGUGCCCGGAGACCUCAGAGACAGAGCCCAGCCAGUACAGCCCUGAUGACGCCGAGCUCUUCCAGAUUGAUAGUGAGAAUGAAGCUCUCUUGGCUGCGCUCACCAAGACCCUGGAUGACAUCCCUGAAGACGAUGUGGGGCUGGCUGCCUUCCCGGGGCUGGAUGAAGGAGACACACCAUCCUGUGACCCAGCUUCACCUGCCCCCUUAUCUGCGCCCCCCAGCCCCGCCCUGGAGAGGCUUCUGUCCCCAGAGUCUGAAGUGGAUGAGCUUUCUAUGCUGCAGAAGCUCCUCCUGACCACAUCCUCCCCAACAGCAAGCUCUGACGCUCUGAAGGAGGAGGCCACCUGGUCCCAGGCCAGCCUCAGGUCCAGAAGCCAGCGGCCUUGUGUCAAGGCAGAUGGCAUCCAGGACAAGAAGAUCCCCAUGCUGCGGUCUCAGAGUCGGCCUUGUACAGAACUGCAUAAGCACCUCACCUCGGUGCUGCCCUGCCCCAAAAUGAAAACCCCCACCCCACGCCCAAGUACUCAGCUCCUCUCCAAGGAGGAUGAGGUGGUGGGGGAGGAUUGCCCGAGCCCCUGGCCAGCUCCAGCCUCUCCUCAAGACUCCCUAGCACAGGACAGGGCUAGCCCCAGCUGUGCCCAGGCUCCCCAGGAGGAUGUGAGGUCCAUGGUACAACUCAUUCGCUACAUGCACACCUACUGCCUGCCCCAGAGGAAGCUGCCACAGUGGGCCCCAGAGCUGGUCCCCCAGCCCUGCAGCAGCCCCUCCAGGCAGGUCCCACCCCGGUCCCGGCAUCCCCCCAAAGCCAUCUGGACUGAGUUCUCUAUCCUAAGGGAACUUCUGGCUCAAGAUGUCCUCUGUGAUGUCAGCAAGCCCUACCGCCUGGCCACACCUGUCUAUGCUUCCCUCACACCCCAGUCCAGGCCCAGGCCCCCCAAAGACAGUCAGGCCUCCCCUACCCACUCUGCCAUGGCGGAAGAGGUGAGAAUCACAGCUUCCCCUAAGAGCACUGGGCCUAGACCCAGCCUGCGCCCUCUGAGGCUGGAGGUGAAGCGGGAUGUCAGUCAACCUACCAGGCAAAAGCAGGAGGAAGAUGAGGAAGAAGAAGAAGAGGAGGAGGAGGAGGAAGAAAAAGAGGAGGAGGAAGAGGAGUGGGGCAGGAAGAGACCAGGCCGUGGCCUGCCAUGGACCAAACUAGGGAGGAAACUGGACAGUUCUGUGUGCCCCGUGCGGCGUUCCAGAAGACUGAAUCCAGAGCUGGGCCCCUGGCUAACAUACACUGAUGAGCCCCUAGGUGCUCUGCCUUCGAUGUGCCUGGCUACAGAGACCCACAACCUGGAGGAGGAACUGGGCAGCCUCACAGAUGAUAGUCAAGACCAGCAGCUCCCCCAGGGAUCCCAGAUCCCAGUCCUGGAAAGUCCCUGUGAGAGUGGGUGUGGGGACACAGAUGAGGACCCAAGCUGCCCACGGCCCCCUUCCAGAGACUCCCCCAGGUGCCUCAUGCUGGCCUUGUCACAAAGCGACCCUCUUGGCAAGAAGAGCUAUGAGGAGUCCUUGACGGUGGAGCUUUGUGGCACGGCAGGACUCACUCCACCCACCACACCUCCAUAUAAACCCAUGGAGGAGGACCCCUUCAAGCCGGACACCAAGCACAGCCCAGGCCAAGACACAGCUCCCAGCCUCCCCUCCCCUGAGGCUCUUCAGCUCCCAGCCACCCCAGGGGCCUCCCACAAGCUGCCCAAGAGGCACCCUGAGCGAAGUGAGCUCCUGUCCCACCUGCAGCAUGCCACGGCCCAGCCGGUGUCCCAGGCUGGGCAGAAGCGCCCCUUCUCCUGCUCCUUUGGAGACCACGAUUACUGCCAGGUGCUCAGGCCAGAGGCUGCCCUGCAGAGGAAGGUGCUGCGGUCUUGGGAGCCAGUUGGGGUCUCUCUUGAUGACUGGCCCCAGCAGGGUGCCUCCCUGCCGACUGAAACAAAGACCCCUAGGAGGGAGACAGAACAGAGCUGUGACUCUACCCCUAAGGACAGCAUGCAGCUGAGAGACCAUGAGAUCCGUGCCAGCCUCACAAAGCACUUUGGGCUGCUGGAGACUGCUCUGGAGGACGAAGACCUGGCUUCGUGUAAAAGCCCCGAGUACGACACCGUGUUUGAGGACGACAGCAGCAGCAGUGGCGAGAGCAGCUUCCUGCUGGAGGAGGAAGAGGAGGGAGGGGAGGAGGAGGAUGAAGGAGAGGACUCGGGGGUCAGCCCUCCCUGCUCUGACCACUGCCCCUACCAGAGCCCACCCAGUAAGGCCAGCCGACAGCUCUGUUCCCGCAGCCGCUCCAGUUCUGGUUCCUCAUCCUGUAGCUCCUGGUCACCAGCCACCCGGAAGAGCUUCAGACGUGAGAGCAGAGGUCCCUGUUCAGACGGAACUCCACGUGCCCGGCAUGCCAGGAAGCGGCAGGAAAAGGCCAUCGGCGAAGGCCGUGUGGUAUACAUUCGAAAUCUCUCCAGUGACAUGAGUUCUCGGGAACUGAAAAAGCGCUUCGAGGUGUUCGGUGAGAUCGUAGAGUGCCAGGUGCUGACGAGAAGUAAGAGAGGUGAGAAGCACGGCGUCAUCACCUUCCGGUGUUCGGAGCAUGCUGCCCUGUCCCUGAGGAACGGCGCAACCCUGAGGAAGCGCAACGAGCCCUCCUUCCACCUGAGCUACGGAGGGCUCCGGCACUUCCGCUGGCCCAGAUACACUGACUACGAUCCCACAUCAGAAGAGGCCCUUCCCUCAUCAGGGAAAAGCAAGUAUGAAGCCAUGGAUUUUGACAGCUUACUGAAAGAGGCCCAGCAGAGCCUGCAUUGAUAUCAGCCUUAACCUUCGAGGAAUACCUCAAUACCUCAGACAAGGCCCUUCCAAUAUGUUUACGUUUUCAAAGAAAUAAGUAUAUGAGAAGGAGAGCGAGCCAAUGAGCGAGCGUGAGAGAACACACGUGAGAGAGAGAGAGAGACUUGAAUCUGCUGUUGUUUCCUUUUAAAAACAAAUCAAUGUUUACAUUGAACAAAGCUGCUUCCGUCCGUGAGUUUCCAUGGCGUUGAUGUUCCACUGCCACAUUAGUGCCCUCGCUUCCAGCGGAUCGUCCUGGGUGCACCUCCAAGUGCUGUCAAUCAUCCUCUGCCCGUCCCGCCCGACUGACUUCCUUCUGUAGACUUGAGCUAUGUCCCCCAUAACAUCUUCUGUCUGUAGCGUGUGAUGAUGAAAUUGUUACUUGUGAGUAGAAUCAGGAUUAGAAACUCAUUUUUAAUUGAAGAAAAAAAAGUAUAUCCUUAAAACAAAUGUAUUUAUGGCUCAGAUAUACUGUGCCUGGGGUUAUUGUAUUGCUUCCUCCAUUGUUUAACUAUGCACUGUCAUGAGGUGUUUGCUACUGAGCUGCACUGCUCCCCUGGUUGUGUAGUACUAGAGGUGCUGGGUGGCCAGUACGUCCGCAGGAAAAAUUGGCUUGCAGUCACAAGUAGGAAGAGUGGAGAGAGGUAGCCAGGUAUGCUCUACCGAGUCCUGGUUGGUAUCUUUAAUUUUGAGUGAGUUCCACUCAAGUUGUGAUGAGAAUCCCUUUCCCCUGUCCGACUCCCACUUGGAGAGUGCCUGUCUGGAGAGCCCAGAGCCGUGAGUGUCUGUAAGGAAGGUGGAACAAGCUGCAUUAGACCCAUUCCACAGGGAGAGAGGACAGCACCCUGUGAGGGGAAGUAUCUUGCCCAGGGUCCCAGGGUCCCAUGGCCAGGAAGCAUGCAGAGCAGUGACCCACACCAAGCCUCCUGACUCUGGGCUCCAGCCUCCUGCAGCAGUUAGCAUAAAGAUGCAAAAGUCAGAGGCUGGAAGAGUGGAGUUAGCUGAGUUGAGCAGCCUAGCAGCUUAUUUGAGAACUAGGUCAACCGUUGACUCACCAGCAUUAAGGCAAAUUCAAGGUUCAUUCAGCACAGGCUCAGGUGUUCCUCAGCUUUGGUCCUCAGUGCCCUGUGACUUGCCCUGCCUGUAGAUACCCCUCAAGGCUUUGAGACACCCACAGGUGGUACACAGACUUCACCUAGGAGCAGCAACUGGUAGACCAUCCCGUAUCUGGCUGCUGUCCUUACUGUCCCUCCUCUGUAAAGGGACAGAGUGGGGGGUGGGCACGGCACUCUCAUGGAGCGUUCAUGGUGGGCUCCUCUUCAGACCGUUAUGACUACUGUCAAAGUCAUAUCCAGUGUGACAUCCUCUGGGCUCCUAGGGACCCUUCAUGAGGGAGAACCAGCUAGGCAUAGUAUCCAUUCGAAUGCUUCGUUAUAUAUAGAUCAAUUUCUCCUUGGUCUUGUGACAUUUUCUUUCUUUCAUCCCCCCCCCAUGUUCUGCCAAAUAAGCAAGUUUGAAGGUAAAUAACUUAUCAAACUAAAUUAAUCUGCUGCUAAUGCCAGGCUUAUUCCUUUGAGAAUUUGUGGGUUUUGUUUUUUUUUUUUUUUUUUUGAUUUUCAAAUACCUCAGUAAAGAACGUGAAGCUUGAUCUUAUACUUGGUGUCGGGAAAACUCUCCACCCAUAGAUAAGGCUGGAAGAGACUAGCUUUAGCAGAAUAGGGAAACAGGAUCUGGGUGUCAAAUCUGUUGGCCUCCCUAAACCCCAGUUUCCUUUUCUGUGAAAUAGACUGAGGGGCACAAUUAGGCAUCAGAUGUCCUAGCUUCUGCUUAGACAGUGUCUAGUCACAGUCGUGACUCCCACAUCCUUGGUCAGUGCAGGCAUACUUAAUUGAUCAUAACACUAAUUUUUUUAGCCUGGUUGUGCAAUUAGAAUCUUCAACAGUGCUCUUUCUGGUCAGGCAUUACUAAUUGGUUGAUAUUUCAUUUAUCUGACAUCCUGACCUAGUGGUAGUCUUUGGGAAACUACCAUUGUAGAGCCAUAUGCUGGCUGGUUUUUGUGCUGGCCCAUCCUUGUCCUGAGUUGAUCCCUAAGGGGAAAUAUGCCCUUGAAGCCAUUGCUUGGCAGAAGACUUCCCAAUACUGUUGCAAAAUACAAGAGUAUAGAGAGGGGAAGGUGAAAUAGCAAACAGGAAUAUAAUUGGAGAAGGGGUGGCUCCUAAGGAUAGAUACAAAAAGGGACUUUUCACAGCACAAACCCAAACAUUCCACACUCCUUUAUAGUUGUUCAUUGCCCAGCAUACGGUGGGCACGUGGAAAAUGGGUAUAGAAUGGAACCAAAUUAAAGUUCUUCAGUUGCAUCCACUAAAACUUGGGCUCUAAUCACGGGAUAAAGUGAGUGUUUACUGAAAUUGCCUGAUGGAAGAGGAAUUAGAUUUAAUCUGAAGAGUCAUUUGAAUUCUGACCCCACCAAGAACUUCUCUUGUGGUUUCUUGAGUCCCUUCUUUCUGAGCCUCAGAGUGUAGGAGUUGUCUAGAAAACCCUGGGCUCUUCCUAUUUGUUUCCACAGUUAGACCUGGAUAGCUGUUGGUUGCUGGAGUAAAGAACAAAUUCUUAGCAAACAGUUAAGUCUCUCUUUCCCCAGCCAGGGUUAACUGAGCUACUCAGUCAGUUCCCUCAAAGUCACUUAGAUGUCGGCUCUAGAGCAGAGCAGAGCCUUGAACCUGGCACUGAUGCCCACCAAGAGUUUCUGGUAUUCUCCACUCACCCUCUCAUAAAACCAGACUCCCAGCUCUACAAAUGACCAGCCCUGUAGAUGAUCUCUCUCUGGAAGAUUCACUCGGUGCUGCAUAUAAUUUACCAAGGAGAUGGUCAGGCCCCCUCCGAGACCACGAGACCGCCUUGGUCUCUUUCCCAUCGAAUCAAGGAGGAACCUAGAGGGAGCAGCUGCUGCUUACUGGCAACCAUCUCACUGUAGCUGUCCUCAUGCGUCUCAGUGAUGUUUACGUGUGAUCACCAUUCAGGCUCCGUGUCAUCUCUGUGCUGUGCUGGUAUUUUCCUAGAAAUGUCCAAUCCAACCACUAAGUGGAAUUCUUCCAUCUCCUUCCUGGGUCAGUACAAGGCUGAAUGACAGUCCUCUGGGGUGGGGGUGGGGCAUGACUCUGGUUACUGAAGGAGAAUGCAUCAAAUAGGUGCUAUGAGAGGAAGGAAUGCAACUAAGGUCCCUACUCCCAUCCCCCUGGCACACAUUGUGGCCCCCACUAGAAAAAUGCUUUGAGUCAGGAAGUACCCAUCCUAUGCCUGUGUUUAUCUGUUGAUCUUGUAUCAUCUGGUGGAUAGCAAGCCUCCAGGGGUGGGAGGAGCGCUCCGCGCCAGCCGCAAAGACUUAACCCUCAAAUCCUAAUGUGGUAAGACUUUUACAGUAAGAUGUCUUUUGUGACCUCAGGCCUUCGAGGUCAGUGUUUUGGGGGAAGAUGUGAGGCCACUGCCGAGGCCACUGUGCAGGUAGCAAAUGGAGGGAAAGUGCAGACAACUCUUUUGGCAUGCGCAUGCGCGGCCAGCUCUAGUCCGGGUCUGUCCCAGUCCUUGAGUUCAAUUCGCCUCUCAGCGGAUCCUGCUGCUGCAGAAGCAGGGCACCUCUCUCUGUACCCGGGUCACCCUAGAGGGUGUGUGAUGUGAUUCAUUGAGGUCAAAAGUAUUUUUCUUGACAUUUGCUCUUCAGCGAUUGAGGUCAGCUUGAGAAAGCCAUAUCCCAGGAUCACGUGUGGAAAGGGAUUGGGUAUGUAGUCGUAAAUAGAGUGAACCUGUUGGUGUCAUUAGCCAAAGAAAAAGGGAUGCCUUCAUCCUUCCCACUGGGGCAGAAGGAAACUAACCAGUACUUAUGUGCAAUAUGUUGACGCUACUCUCCAAAUCCCUGAGGGUUUUGCACUCAGGCGAGCUCCAGGGCUGAUUGAAGAGUCUGGGGAUACAGGGUAAGCGCAGGGAGAGCCUGGGAUAAAAACUUUCGCGUACAGAAAUGGCCUUGAGCUAGAACGGAUGGAAGUGUGGGCGGGGUGUCCCUGACGCUAGCUGCUGGCCCGGACAUCCGGGACAUCCAGGACAUCCGGGAAGUAGCUAGUCAGACACUUGCACUAGUUAAUGAAAGCACUUUCAGAAACCUGACACUUCCGCCUUGUUCCACAUUCUCCUCUGGCAAAUAUGUGUAUCCUUUAUCUGUGUGAGGUGCUGUCCUAAAGGCUGGGUGAGGGGAUGGGGACGGAGGGGGGGGGCAGCGUAAGAAAGAAAAUGGGCAUCUUUCAAGGCAGUAGUAGCCUUGAGAGAGUCUGUACCUCUUCCUCUUCACUGGAAGCCCAAGAAACAGAAUGAUAUGGGUUUAUAUCUUGGUACCCACUUUUGUAAAGAAAAAAAAAACAGCCUAGCCAAUUGCAACACUUUGUGGCGCAAUCAUUUCACACUAAGUUUCUUACUUGCUGUCUGACCUUUGGCCCCUGUUCCCUGAGCUAGCGAAUGAAACUAUCCAGUGAUACAGCAUUUUUAUCCUGAAGCCAGGGGGAGCCCAGAGUUCCACUCUCUGGCUAGCUCAGGGUAUGCAUUGGGGGCAGGGGUGAGGCACUUUCCACAAGGUUGUCAGCCUCCAACAGGGUGAGAUCCACAUAGUCCUGGCUGAGGUGCCUAACAUGAAGAGGCUAGCUUACCAGGACAGACCCAAGCCAUAGUUCCUUGUGGGGAUGGUAAGGAGUUAACCCCUCAUCAGGCUCGUUGACAACUUCCAGUCUUGCGUUAGCCUUGUCGUCAUCCCCACCGAACAGCUUUUAAUCUGAAUGUUGUGACCACUUGGCCGUCUCUUGCUUGCUUGCAGACAAUACUAGCAAUACACUUGUUUCCCCAAACAGCUCAGCUUAGACAGUUUUCACACAUUGUUUUCCAGUGAUUGUAAAAACACAUGGGGCAACAGGAGGCAUGGAUCACACUGCAUAUGUUUAGGGCAGCUUUUGUUUUUCGAAUCUUUAAUGGUAUAGCAGCAGUGACCAAGCCUUUGGGAUUUGGGGAGACAGAUCUUCACGAAGCCAUUUCAUCAGGAUGCCUUGCACGUCAGAAGGAGUACGGACAUCCCAAUACCCAAAUGGAGGGGCUUGCAACCUGUGAUUUUGUAGAUGAUCUGUCUCUACUGUACAACAGCUCCUCUGAAAGGUAUUCAUGUGGCUCCAACCCCUCCGUGCCAUAUAUUUUUUUUUUUUUUGUCAAAGGAUUCUCCAAGGAAGCCUCAGCAAGCCUCCUUGCUCCCUUUCGCUGGCCUUGGGUAGUGUCCUUGUGGAGGGGAUUAGCCAGCACUUUGCCUUAUCAAUGUGUGGUCACCAGUCUAGUGGUCAAAGACUGGUGUCCACUGGCCACCAAGAUGGAAGGCAAAAUUAAGGUCUUUUGAUCAGUCACCAUGGCGGCCAGCAUCAGCUUGGCAAUGCAACACAAUGAUACAAAUGAGUUGUCUUACUUGUUCAGUACCAACUCGGAGCAUCAGCAACUACCUAGAUGCCUAUACAGUGCGGAAAAUGUACUGGUUAUCCUGUGGUAGAGGAGAUGGGGUUGAACCCUGUGUCCAGGUGUCCGGAGUGGUUUACUCUAACUGCAAUACUGGCAGCCAAGCUGCCAACCCUGUUAAGUGAACCUCUGCUAGGUAGCUUACAUGGUACCUUUGGGACAAAGAAAUUGGGUAUGAGGAUUGGGGGAGAAGGGGCCCUGGCCAUGACCUUUGAUAUGGUCCACUGAAUAGCCAAACAGGUUUUUUUUGUUGUUGUUGUUGUUCCUGUUCUUGUUCUUGUUUUUUGUUUUAAUUUUUCUGUAAUUUGUAUUUUUAAAUCUUGUCAGGCGUUUUUGUGUUAGGAAUAAUAAGUCAUAAAUUAUUCCCACCUUGGUUUCUGAAGGGGUGUUCUGAUUCCAAUUGAAACAGGUUGGAAAUCUCAUGGGGAGCAUGGUCUGGGGAGUACAUGGGACGGGGCAGUGGAACGCUUGGGUUUCCAGGUGGUUGCUGGGGAAGAUGACCCCACACACACAGUCUGCAGUGCUGUCAAUUACAGAGUUUCACACUUGCCCCCUUGGCUCCUGAGUCCUGUUAGCACGGCCUGAGCACACGCUUCUAUGAGAAGCAGCUGCUGAGAUUGAAGACAAGACUCCCUAGCUCCCAACCCUAGUCAGGAGAUGCAGUCAGUAGCUAGCCUUAAUCGACUGGGCAAGGUAGUUCCUUUGCUCCCUCCCCGCAGUUCCAAAUCUUGGACUCAAAACCCUUUUCUCUUAGUGUGAUCUAGUGUGACCAGCAGCCUAGAGAAUUUUGAGCAAUAGGGAGCCAGGGCUUUCCCUGGCUCUGUGACAGGGUCAAACCAGGGAAUGGCUAAACUUGAGAGGUUUUGUCAUACCCAGGGUUCUACUGUAGGGGGCAUUAUGUAUUAGGGAGCUCAACAAGGUAACUGUAGCCUGGGGUAUGUGAAUGUAAGGUUGUGUUUGUGGGUGCGUGUGCGUGUGUGCGUGGGUGUGUGUGUGUGUUACAUUGAUGCAUUUCUUGAGAAAGGUGCAAGAAUUUCACCUAUACAGUGGGACACAUCUGCUUUAUUAUUUAUAAUAGAAGCUAAAAUUUAAUUUUUUAAAGGACACUGCUAAUGAUUGAAAAUCGAGUUUUUAGUUUUGCUAUUUUUUUUAAUUGGUAGAAGAUUUUUAUAUAUUUUUUUCCCAUUUCGUUGGGUUGUGUCCUUAUUUAUAUAAAUACUUUAUCCGUGAGCGGCGAGGAAGAAGACUUCUUUGCUCUUAAUUAUUGUGGUUGUCAUUGUCCCUAUUUUAUUUCCAGUGUGAUUUAUCUGUCUUACCUUCUAAAUGAGAAACUGUUUUCCUGUCUUUGUACAUUGUCAGAGUCUAUAGUUUCGUAGAUAAUUUAACCAAAUUGCUCUACGUAUUAUUAUUCUGUGACUAUAAAGUUCUAUUUUAACGUCUGUAAAUACUUCAGAACUGGUUUCUUUUCUCGGCCCCUGCUGGGAGCUAUUGUUUACAUCACAAAAGACUGUAGAAUCUCUAUGCUCAUGUACUGUAAAUAGUGACGUGAUCUGCUUAUAUAUAAACUGAACAAAUACACUAUGGAAA